GUUGUUGCCGGCAUGCUAGGAAUGCUCGACACCUUCAGCUUUCCAGCUAAAGCCAAAGUAAUCAAUUUUGGAGCAAAAUCAGCCCCAGCUCGCUGGCCAAUCCCUAAAAGCAAAACAAGGAAAACAUAUGGGGAAAAAAGGCAAUCACGCCGUGCCCAAGGUGAGUGAAAUGUGAGCUGAAAGGCUUCACUCGCUGAGCCAGUAGCACCGCGCUCAGGUUAGGAAUAAAGGCUUCCUCAGUCUGAGUUACUAUGGGAGCUGUUUAAUCACAAACCAGCAGCAAAGCUUUGGGACUUCUCCACCGUUGAUCCCAUUCUACCUUAUCAUGUCGUUCAGUGGUUUAGAUAGAAAAAAGUGCAGGUACCGUGUCCCGGGGAGCAGGGAAAAAUGGCAAAGUGCUGACCUUCUCCCCCUCAGCCAAAAGGAGACCUUGGAGCAGCUGAAUAGUCGCCUGGCCGCCUACCUGGAGAAGGUGAGCCAACUGGAGGAGUCCAACCGGCAUUUAGAGCAAAAGAUUCAAGAUCUCUGCGAGAGAAGGGCAAGGACCAGUCGGGACACAAGUCGGUACGAGAAGGUCAUCGCUGAGAUGGAGGCCCAGAUAAAUAGGGUGAAAAUGGAAAAUUCAGAGCUCUCUUUGGCGGUCGAAAAUACCAAGCUGACUGCAAACAACUUUAAAGCAAAGUAUGAAACAGAACUCUCUCUGUAUCAGAUUAUAACGGCGGAUAUAAAGGAAGUGAAGGCAGCCGACAGUCACCUCGAGAUGGAAACUAACUGCCUGAAGGUGGAGUUACAGAUCCAAACUGAAGAGUUAAGUUCCCUCAAGAAGGAUCACCAGGAGGAUAUGGCGAAACUUCGAGAGGACCAGUCUAAAUGUCAAGUGAAAGUGGAAGUCGACAGCCAACCAGCGAAUGACCUCACAAAAACCCUGGAGGAGAUGAGAGAACAUUGCAAAGCAAUCAUAUGCAAUUCCAACAGGAAAGCAGAGCCUUGGCUUGUUUCUAAGAUCAGACAUUACACUCAUCAAAAUACAAUUAAACCUCUUCAAGCCGAGAUGGUGGAAGUGACUCUACUGAGAAGGACCAUACAGUGCCUGGAAGCUGAGCUGGAAACCUUACAUAACAUGAAAGCUUCUCAAAGGACAACUCUCAUUGAGACUGAGCAGAACUAUGCAACUCAGCUCCAGAGAAUCCAAAGAAUCAUAUCAAGGACAGAAGAUGAGUUGGUGAAGACUAGAACCGACUUUAAGCAAAUGUCUGCAGAUGGUGGGAUGUUGCAUUACCUGAAGGACCUUCUGCAGAUGGAAAUAAAGACAUACGGGCAGCUCAUGGAUGUGGAAGAAAUCAGGAUGGAAGAUAUGAUGUAUAAUGCCUCCAAUGGACAUCCAGCAACUUUAAAGACCAAACAAACUGACGUUACGGGUGCAUCACUGAGACUCCCGGUCUACUUGGUUUUGGUUUCAGAGUCGAUGUCCGUCAUCAGCAAAUCCCCGUUCAGUGACAAGAUCUCAUAGAGGAUAUGGAACUUUGCAGUGGAAAAAUAUAAUAUAUAUUGAUACGCCCAUUGCUUGGUCAAUACAAGGACUUUACUACUACACUUUACUACUGCUAGUACAACUAUAGGGUCCUGCCUGGAACCAGUUCUGAGACCCGGACUCCCAACCCACAUUUUCACUCACUUUGUCCAGGACCCGCAACCACCUUAUCUACUACCUGAUCCACUGACCCCCAUUAAACAGGAAGUACUGUUGCCCAAACCAGGAAGUGGCAUCAUCAGAAGUGGGUGGGGGUAGAAAAAAAGUUUUAAAAAGUGUUUAUAGGAGUCAAAUAUAGAUAAUACAGGUAAUAUAAGAAUAUGGAUAAGACCCACAACUCAACCCGUGACCCGGUGAGCCAUAUCUAUACCCACAUCCCAACCCGCAGGUUGCCCACUUUUCUUGUGGUUAACCCUGGGGUACCUUUGGGAACCUGACCCUCUGCAGGACUAAAAUGGGCACAAAGUUGAGUAUAUAUAUCAAUACCAUUCAUAGAAGGGACUUGUGCCCAUGCAUAGUGUCAGUUUGCCAGCCCGGCCUCCAUAUAAUAUACAAAUUUUCCAAGAUACGUGUAUUCUUGAGGGUGUAACAUACUGUACACCCUCAGUGCGCCCAAACCAGGGAGUUGUUUUUGAAUUCCUGACUUGGGGGCAAGUUUUGGUUGAAUAAAAACAAGAUUUCCUACCAAA